CGCAGGUGGCUGUCCGACUGAAUGUGGAGCCGUGUGUUGCGUGCAGUCUGUGUGAGUGGCGGCUUGGCGCGGGGCCUGUUCACCAUGCAGCUGAAGACGGUGGAGUUUGAGUCGCUGUUCACGGAUGGCUUGAAGACUGUCGCAGAGCUGUUCACUAAAAACAAGUACGAGUUGAGGAUCGCAGGCGGCGCCGUGAGGGAUUUAUUAAGUGGCAAGCAGCCAGAAGAUGUGGACUUUGCCACCACGGCUACCCCCGACCGUAUGAAAGAAUUGUUCCAGGCCGCUGGCAUCCGGUUGAUCAACAAUAAAGGGGAGAAGCAUGGCACCAUCACUGCAAGAGUGAAUAAUCAGAACUUUGAGAUUACUACGUUGCGAGUUGAUGUUGUAACAGAUGGGAGGCAUGCUGAUGUACAGUUCACAACAGACUGGCAGGCAGAUGCUCAACGAAGAGACCUGACGAUUAACGCCAUGUUUUUAGAUUUGAACGGGACACUGUAUGAUUAUUUUGAUGGUUAUGAAGAUCUGAAAAACCAUAAAGUUCGAUUUGUAGGUGAUCCGUCACAAAGGAUACAAGAAGAUUAUUUGAGAAUAAUGCGGUAUUUCAGGUUUUAUGGCAAGGUUGCCAAAGAGGCAGGGGACCAUGACCCGAAGGCACUCAAGUCAAUAAAACAGUAUGCAAAGGGUCUUGCAGGGAUUUCCGGAGAGAGAAUCUGGCUAGAGCUGAAAAAAACUUUAGUGGGAAAUCACGCUGCUCAUCUUGUCAACCUCAUGUAUGACCUGGAUGUAGCCCAGUAUAUUGGAUUACCAGUAAUUGAAGGCAACCUGGAAGAAUUGAACAAAGUGUGCAAAAAUGCACACCAUCAUUCUCCAAAGCCUAUGACUGUACUUUCAGCACUGUUUCGAACACAGGAUGAUGUUCUGAGGCUUGAUUUGAGACUCAAAAUUUCGAAAGAGGAGAAACAACUUGGUUUAUUCAUUGUUAAGUACAGAAGAGAUUUGAUCAAGGCUGAUGGGGCUGAUCCAUUAAAACCCUACAGAGAUUUCAUUAUAGAUUCCAGGGAACCAGAUGUGCAAAGCAGAGUAUGCGAAUUGUUAAAGUACCAAGGAGAGGAGAAGUUACUAAAAGCUAUGGAACAGUGGUCCAUUCCACGCUUCCCUGUUAGUGGCCAUGAUUUAAGGAGAAUAGGAAUUGUUUCUGGAAAGGAAAUUGGGACAAUGUUGCAGGAACUUCGGAAUACGUGGAAAAAGAGUGGUUACUUGAUGGAUAAGGAAGAACUGCUAAGUAUGGUAAAAAGUCCAUAAACACAUCUCUCAUUGUGGAAUGAAGAAAAAAAGACUGUUACAUUGAAAACUAUUUUUAUUCUCCUAAAUAUUUUUGUUGCAACCCUUUAUCAACCUUGGAUUUUGUUUAUGUAUAUGUUUGUUGUAUGGCAUCUUUAAAUUCAUUGACUUUUCUGUCACCAAGAUCCUUGUAGUUUACUUACAUGAUUGCUUGUUUUAUUAAGAAUAAGAAUCAGACUUAAAAUCAAUCUGAUAGAUUUGGAUACAUGUGGAUGACUAGGAGUCAGUUUAGAUUUGGUGAUUCUUUCAUCUAAUCGUGCCUUCAAGGUUCCAACAGCUUGUAUAGCUAAAGAUUAGUUCACUGUACUAGAUAAAUAACAACAGGCUUUAAAGAAACCUGAAGGACAAGGUCUAAAAUAUUUUUUCUAUGUUAAAUUUGCAUUCUGAUUUGCCUGUUAUCCUGUCACCUAUUGUGUAGUUUAUUUUGUAA